AAUCUCUUCGAAACUCUGCCGCCAAAAAAAAAACACCACUUCCCACAAAAACGCACCGCUUCUUCAGUUACUUAUACGGUUACUCCUUCGGUCCUUCUUCCUGUCCUUCACUCUUCUUGAAUGCUGAGUCAUUGAGUCACCACCGAGUCAAAAGAACUCGACAGCCCCACAAUGUCACUCCCGUCUUCCAGGCGCAACUCGUUCAGCGGCCCGCCCCAACUCGCCGCCACGUCUCCGGGGUCAACUCAGGACCUCCGCCAGCGAGUCAUCAUGCUUCUCAACAAGCUUUCCGACCGCGACACCCUCGCCAUCGCCACGGCGGAACUCGAGUCCAUCGCCAGAACUCUCAGCCCCGAGUCCUUCUCCUCCUUUCUCUCUUGCAUCCACAACACCGAUUCUUCUUCCAAAUCGCCGGUCCGGAAGCAAUGCGUUAACCUCCUCUCACUCCUCACGCGCUUCCACGGCGACGCACUAGCUCCAUUUUUGUCCAAGAUGAUUGCAACCGUGCUCCGCCGCCUACGCGACUCUGACUCAGCCGUCCGAUCUGCUUGCGUCGACGCCGUCUCCACCAUGUCGUCGCGGAUCACGAAACUGCCGUUCACCGCUGCGUUCCUCCGCCCGCUCAUGGACGCGCUGGCGCAAGAGCAAGACGCCAACUCACAGAUCGGCGCCGCGCUCUGCCUUGCCGCCGCAGUCGAGGCUGCGCCGGAGCCGGACGCGGAGGCACUUCGUCGUAGCGCGAUGCCGCGGCUCGGGAAGCUCGCAAAGAGCGAAGUCUGCAAGGCGAAGGCCGCGCUCCUGGUGCUGAUUGGAAGCGUUGUCGGCGCCGGCGGUGCAUCGAGCAGCGGCGUGCUAAGCUGGCUAGUGCCGUGCCUGGUGGAGUUCCUGAGCAGUGAGGACUGGGCGGUGAGGAAGGCAGCGGCGGAGGCGCUCGGUAAGGUCGCUACGACGGAGAGAGAUUUAGCGUCGCGGCACAGGGCUCUCUGCUUGGAUUCCUUGCAGAAUCGUAAGUUUGAUAAGGUGAAAGUUGUUAGGGAAAGCAUGAAUCGUGCGUUGGAGAUGUGGAAGGAGGUAGCUGAUGAUACAUCUGAGGAUGCGUCUUCUCCUGCCAAGUCUACAUGUUCUUCAUUUGGUCCAGAUGAUAGUAAAGGCCAUUGUGUCAAUUUUGGCUCUAAAUUUUCUCAACCGAAGAAGACAGUCCCUGUAAACAGGUCCCCUCCAUCUACACAUUCAUUCGCAUCUUCCGUGGAAAGAGAGAAACCUCUGAAGAUUAAUAACAAGGACUCAAGAAUCAGGAUAUUGCAUCAGCAGGAUGACAACAAAUUCUCAGAUGAGAAACUUGUAACUCCAGUCUCAAAGUCCCCCAAUUCGAAAAUGUCUAAAGAAGAUGUCAUUAAGAGGUGUGAUUUUGAAGUUUCUAAACCACCCCGAAACCAAAAUGUUGUGAACUCAAGGCAAGAGAUAAAGCGUGCUCUCUUUAGCAAGACUUCUGAUGAGAAAGUUCAAAAAUCUAGCGGUUUGAAAUCACGUGUUGUUCCAUGUUAUGGGAAUGAAAAUAUUGAGUCAGAUGUUACUGUCAACAAUGUAAAUGAAGUUUGUGAGAGCCCACAAGAUGCUGAGGAUUUGUCAUUGAUCCGUGAACAACUUUUGCAAAUCGAAAACCAGCAAUCCAAUCUGCUAGACCUCCUCCAGAGAUUUAUUGGAAGCUCCCAAAGUGGGUUGAAUUCUCUGGAGACACGUGUAAAUGGCCUAGAGAUGGCCUUGGAUGAAAUAUCAUAUGAUUUAGCAGUAUCAAGUGGAAGGAUUCCCAACACGGAUGCCACAGAAGACAUGUGUUGCAAGCUUCCUGGUUCUGACUUCUUGAGUUCUAAAUUCUGGAAGAAGACCGAGACUAGGUUCUCUUCAUCGGGAAGCAUAUCAUCACCUAUUACAGCAACAGCUGAUAAAGCUGAUAGCAAACAAAUGUUAACUACAACUAAUCACAAAAGAUUUCAGCAUCGUAGGGGUGGAUUCUUUGUAAACCCAUUGUCAGAUGUUGAAAGCGAUUCAACCCAUUUAGAACAGCAUUCACACAAAAUGGUCCAAGAUGCUGAGAAAGCACAAAGUUAUAAUGCCAGCUGUUUUGAUGGCAUUUCACCAGCUGCUUGUGAAGCACUGAGGAACCAGAACAUCAGGUCAUCCGUGUAGAGAAGACUGUCUCGAUGGCUAUUUUUUAACUGCAGCAUCACUAAUUCGUAGGUGAAAGUGAAAUUGUUGAAGCAACUUUGCUGCGUGUUUGUUCCGGUUGCAGUUUCCGGAGACUUGUUAUUUCAAGUAAUUAUUGUUUAGAAAAGGGCUCUUUUCCCUAAUAUUCUCCAUAUUGAAGCAGAGGUAGCAGCUUGUGGUUUCGGAAUGCAGAGCAUGAGAAAGAGUUUUCUUGAUAUGUACCAUAAUCAAUAUGUCAAUCUUUGCCAUUGCUAGAAAGGGAGGAAAGGGUGUUUAUGC